AAGUACGCGAAAAUCUGUCAGUCCUUCACCGGCUAUCGUCCCCUCAACAUUGCAUCGCUCGACGAUUGAAAAAAAAUCACCACAUAAAACAUCACGUGAACAAUGAUUGAUCGCAAAAUCAGCGCAAAUAUUAAAUUAAACUUCUAUAAAUGAAGAGGAAAAAUUCGUGCAAAUAGAAGUUCGAGAACGCAAAGUAACCAGCUGUUACCAAACUUAAAAUGCUCAACUACAUAAGAUGCGCAAUUCGAGGUAAAUGAUUUAUGAAUAUUCAGUGUCGGGAAGACAAAGGUGAAUAUUUCAAUAUUAAAAGAGGAGAAUACGAAAAUAAAUAUUAUUAUGAUGUUAUGAUGACAUUAUGCAGACCGAGGAAAUUGUCGCAACACGACGUGCAUAUAGCACAUUAAAUUUAUCAAUCUCUGACAUCGCUACACUUAAUAGUUCCGUGUUCGAAGGGUCGAUAGAAUCUACGAGCAUGUCGAUAGAAACCACGAACGUGACAAUGAUUAAUGAAUCGGCGACGCAGAGCGUGAGCAUAUUGGAUCAAAUCGGAAAUAUCGAUGAACUGUACUUGUAUGGAACGCCAGCAUUGAUCCUCUUCUGUAUCAUUUCAAUAAUAGUAAAUAUCAGGGUUCUGCUGUGCGUAUUUUGGAUUAGGCGUCCACUCAGCCCAACAUUAUAUAUCAGUUUGAGUCUAGCAGGUGCAGAUGCUUUUACCAGCAGUAUUCUGGGAAUAGGACUAGUCUUGAAUAGCUUCAUACCUGUAGGUCUCGGAAUCAAUUUGCAAGGCAUUGACUGUUUUUUACUGGCUCUCGAAGCUGUGAGAGUGGGAGGCGUGAUAAUUACGGUAUUUCAUCUAAUGGCUUUGGCUGUCAAUCAUUAUCUGGGCAUUCUCAAGCCCCUUCAUUACCUUUCGAUCCUGACAUACAGAAAUACGACGAUUUUAUUAGUUCUGCUGUGGGUGCUACCCAUUUCCUUCUUCGCGCUGUACUUUAAUCUAAUUGAAAACGAUGGUUUCCAGUCUGAAGGAUGCAAAAACUACGAGUUUCUACUUCACAAGCAAUUUCGAAUGUUGUUUAGUAGCCUCUUUUUCGGACCAUUCGCCGCCAUGAUUUGCAUAUACGUUCACAUAUUCUGCAUAGUGAAGAGACAUCAAGCUACGAGACUACGCUUUCGCAGAGCGGGAUCUUCCGUUCGUGCGAGAGCGUCGGAAGCGUUACGCAGCAAUUCUAGGCAAAUGGCACGUAACGUUAAAGCUAUCCACACAACUCUAUACAUACUUGGAAGCUUCGUGAUCGGAUGGAUGCCCGCAGUAAUGAUGUUCAUACUGAUUUGUAACGACUGCGUGUUACAAUUAAAUGGGGUGUCGGACAGUGUUAAAUUCUUCUAUUACUGCAUAAUUAACUGUCUCAUUAUCCUGAAAACUUUGGUAAAUCCCAUUAUUUACGCCGCCCGAAUGCACGAGAUUAAGGUGAGUCGUUUAUUAGACGGAUGGGAUCAGUGUAAUAUUACAGUUGCUUAAUCGUCGUCAUUAAAAUGUCUCUGAUAACGAGGACUAAGGGGCGCAGUAUAAAAAGAAUACACCCCAAUUACAUCCGUGCUGGCUCCGCAUUGGCGUUACUUCACCGUUGUUGAUUUAAAAGGAAACAGGGAACAGAGAAUAAGAAUUUAAAUCUAUCAGAAA